UAGAAUCCACAAUUCCAUAGGCUUCUCUCCCCAAAAUCUCUCCUUUAACCUAAACACAAAUGUCCAUUUCCUACAUAAAACCUUCUUCUCUUCUUCUGAAUAGUCUCCAGACCCCACAUUACUCUCUACACUCUCCUUCUUCCUCUUUUCUCUCUGUUUCUAUUAAAACCCCAAAAUGAAAAAAAAUUGCUACUAAUAUUUACUGCAAAAAACUCUAGAAAUCAUUUCCUCUUUAAAAAAAAUUCAAUCUUGUAAAGAUGGGAUUUUGAUUGAAGGGUUUUAAUAGCAAGGCUGUGUUUUUUUUCUGCUUUGUUUUCAAUUAAUGGCUGAAAACAGCAAUAAUGACUGUGUAGCCUCAAACCUACUUUUUUGUACAGAAACUAAGAGUAGUCUUUACUUUGAUGAUCUUGAUUUUGACCAAAAAAGAGUUCAAGAAAACAACAAAGUUUUGAGCUUUAAUAACAAUGGCAAAUCAGAGACAUUGUUGAUUGAUUUAUUGCCAAGUUUAAGUGAUGAAAGCUUUGGUUUUAUGUUGAAAAGGGAAAAAGAUUUUUGUCCUAAAGAUGAUUAUCUUAAGAGAUUGAGAAUUGGUGACUUGGAUUUGAAUGUUAGAAGAGAAGCUCUUAAUUGGAUUUGGAAGGCUCAUGUGCAUUAUGGAUUUGGAGAGCUGAGUUUUUGUUUGUCAAUAAAUUACCUUGAUAGGUUUCUGUCAUUGUAUGAAUUGCCAAGAGGUAAAACUUGGACAAUUCAAUUGUUAGCUGUUGCUUGUUUAUCCCUUGCAGUUAAAAUGGAAGAGAUCAAUGUUCCCUUAACUGUUGAUUUACAGGUUGAGGAGCCUAAGUUUUUAUUUGAAGGUAAAACAAUACAAAGAAUGGAACUUUUGGUAUUGAGCACAUUGAAAUGGAGAAUGCAGGCUUAUACACCUUGCAAAUUCAUUGAUUAUUUUAUGAGAAAGAUGAAUCUUGAUGAAAUCCAAUCAAAGCAAUUGAUUUCUAGAUCAAUGCAACUAAUAUUAAACACAAUAAAAGGUAUUGACUUCUUGGAAUUCAGGCCUUCUGAAAUUGCUGCAGCAGUGGCAAUGUCUGUUUCUUUAGGGGAAAGGCCACAAGCAAAAGACAUUGAUAAGGCAAUGCCUUGCUUCUCCAAACAAGUAGAAAAGGACAGAGUGAUGAAGUGUCUUGAGUUGAUUCAAGAUUUGACAUUGGUUAGUGGGACUAGUGUUACCACUACUGCAGUAGGUACAUCAGUACCUCAAAGCCCAAAUGGGGUGUUAGAAGCUGCAUGUUUGAGCUAUAAAAGUGGUGAAGGAACAGUUGGCUCAUGUCCAAAUUCAUCACACAGUAAUAGUCCAGAUGCUAAAAGGAGGAAACUUGACACUACAUCAUCCAUUUCUUGAGUGGACUAGAGAAAAAACAAGUCAUGAAAUCUUAAUUUUUUUAGUCUUUCUUUUAGUUUUUAGAGCUUCACUCACCCCCAAAGUUCAAUGAAUUUUGGCUAAAUGGAAGAUUUAUUAUGGCUUUUAAAAGUCACUUACAGACAAAAACAUUGAGAAAAAGAGAGGAAAGGGUGGAAAAAUAGGAGGGAGAAAGGGGAGGUCCCAUGCUUUUAGCAUGAAAAGAAUUGUCACCAGCUGUUAAUAAUAAUCCUGAGUUGUCAACAACCAUAGUAAUAGGAGGUUGAGGAGAAGGGUGGAGUUUUAUUUUAUUUUAUGUGACGACGAGGUCAAGGGUUCGAGCGGCGGAAAUAGCUUCCGGUAGAAUUGCAAGGUAAAGCUGCGUACAAUAAACCCUUGUGGUCUGGUUAUUUCAAAUCAUGCGCAUAGCGGGAGCUUAGUGAAUCGGGCUGUCUUUUAUUUUAUUUUAUUUUACCAUUUUUGGGUUAUUAUUUUA